ACCUAUCAUAGCUUUGCAGGUGUUCUGCGCUGUUGCUUCUCGUCAUUUAGUGGCGCACUUCCAUCGGCAACAGUUCCUACCAGCAGCGAACGGUCACAGUUGCGCAUUUCCUAGUCCUAGUUCUUCUUAACGAAUCAAUCAGUGAAGCCGGCGAGUUAACAGAAAUGGCUGAAGAAAGCAAGCAAGUGGCAGAGGCUCCAGUGGCUGAGGCUCCAGUUGCAGAGGCUCCGGUGCCAGAGGCCCCAGCGCAACCGGAGGCGGAACCAAGCAAGGAUUCAGUCGAGGUUGAGGAGGAGGUGGUAUUGGAGUCUGACACCGAGUCGGAAGAGGUAGUGCCACAGCUAUCGACGUUCGAACGGCUGAAGCUGUUCCUUAUCGACACCAACCACUUCCUUGGCGAGUAUGACGAUCUGGUGGAGCCUAAAGAACAGCACAAAAGCAUCAUCCUGCGAACGGUGAACGAGCUACGUGAUCUGCUCGUGGCGCUGCUCCAACGUUACAUCCUGCACACGAUGGUGAAGGAAGACUUUCUCUACAAGCACAUCAAGUGCUGCGGCGAGGAGGAUGUGCUUCUGAACACGGAGGAAUUCGACGAACACUACGAGGAAGUCCACAAGGAAGGCGAUAGUGCGGUUUCCCUGCCAGAGCUUGCCACGAUCCAGCAGUACACCGAAUGCGUCCGAACAUACAUCGCACUGGGUAAAGCAGUGAACAACGAUCUGCUGUUUUCCCUGAAGCGACUACUGCGAAAGAGUAAUUCGGUCCUCGCGGGGCACCUGGGAUAGAAAGUGACCAACCAUUGCGCGACCGAACCACCCUGAAGUUAGCUCCUAAGGCGACCAUGAAUUGGGGGAAUGCCAUCAAGUGAAGUGCUCGAAAUCAUUCAAUUAUAUUUCACUAACUUAUAUUAAGCCUGUAUUAAAAUGCGUGCAAAAUAAAUGUUACCUCGGAAAAGAUA